AUGGGCCGCUCUUCCAUUGCCGACAGCGUAUUAGACGUCAUGUCUCCCAAUGAGGACGACGCAGACGACGAAGAGGGCUUCUCUACUAUUAGUCUCCGAAUCAACACCUCUGUCCACAUCUCCAGCAACAACAACCUCGUCUGCCUCAACGACACACCAGCUAGCCACGCCAACGCUAUUGCCAGGGCUGUCGUCCAGGCCAUCCAGGAGAACAGCUCCGGCCAGUGCGGCAUCCCCAUGAUUGACGAAGACGGCAGGCCUCGGCCUGUCAAAAUUGAGGUUGACGCUGGCAUUACAGUGGAGGGUUCAGGGAACAUCGUGGGCAACGAGAACGUGGUAAAUCAGGUUCUCCGCAUGCGCAGCCUUGCACGCAAGAGAUCAGCAGAUGAUGACGAGAGUGAUACACCAGCUCGACUACCAAAGCGUCGCCGUGAAGAGAGCGGCAGCAGCGGCAGCAGCAACAACUCUCCUUAA